UGAGACCCGGGCCGGGCGGCAAAUAAACGGGACGCGGUGGGUAGCGGCUGCCUCCCUGAGGGGAGGCAGGGGCUAGUUGCUCGCGCGGCGGCGGAGCUGCGGCGGCUCCUCAGGGGCGCCGAGCCGAGGCCUGUGUCCCGGGCCCGCGGAGGCGGCGCCGAGCCCCGCGUGCACGAUGAGCGGCGGCGGCGGCUCGGACGGGAACGAGGAGUUCUACCAGCAGCUGCGGCUCCAGCAGCUGUACGAGGCCCGCCGCAGCGGCGAGGGCGAGCCCGACCCCUUCACCUACGUGGACCCGGCGGACGGGACGGCCUACGAGUGGGACCGAGACAAGAAGGCCUGGUUCCCUAAGGUGACUGAAGACUUCCUGGCAACGUAUCAUGCUAACUAUGGCUUCCCUACAGAUAGUUUAGACAGUUCCUCUGCUUCAAAGACUGAAAGUAAGCCAGCUGUGGAUUCAAGGACAGCAGGAGCACCGCAGUCAACAAAUAAAAAAGCACCCCAACAAACAGAUUCUAAACAAAAAGGAGAAAAAAGAAAACUUGACGCAGGAUGGUUUCAUGUUGAAGAAGACAAAAACACAAAUGUGUAUGUGACGGGUUUGCCUCCAGACAUUACAAAGGAUGAGUUUAUACAGGUUAUGUCAAAGUGUGGUAUCAUUAUGCGAGAUCCUCAGACGGAAGAAUAUAAAAUUAAACUUUAUAAAGACAAGCAAGGAAAUCUUAAAGGAGAUGGCCUCUGUUGUUAUCUCAAGCGAGAAUCAGUUGAGCUUGCAUUAAGACUUCUGGAUGAGGAUGAGAUUAGAGGCUACAAAUUGCAUGUUGAAGUAGCAAAGUUUCAACUAAAGGGGGAGUAUGAUGCAAGCAAAAAGAAGAAGAAAUGCAAAGACUACAAGAAGAGGCUGUCUCAACAACAAAAACAGUUGGAUUGGAGGCCUGAGAAGAAAGAUGCAACAGUUCGAAAGCGACAUGAGCGUGUUGUUAUCAUCAGGAACAUGUUCCACCCAAAGGAUUUUGAGGAAGAUCCUUUAGUACUGAAUGAGAUUAGGGAAGACCUACGGACAGAAUGUGAAAAGUUUGGAGAAGUAAAGAAGGUUCUCUUAUUUGAUCGACACCCAGAUGGUGUGGCCUCUGUUUCAUUUAAAGAACCAGAGGAAGCUGAUCUGUGCAUACAAGCUCUCCAUGGAAGGUGGUUUGGUGGUCGUCAGCUAAGUGCUGAAACAUGGGAUGGUACAACAGAUUAUCAGGUGGAAGAGACCUCAAGAGAAAGAGAGGAAAGGCUCAAGUUGUGGGGGUCGUUUUUAGGAGAGUCUGAUGCAGAGAAGCAGAAAAUUGCAGCUGCUUCAAAUUCUGCAGCUAGUAGUGUGCAACUGCCUGAAGAUCAGCCUUCAAAAGAUAAUGGCACAUCUAAAGGUGAUGUGAAUGAUGAAGCUCAUAAGAGAGAGGAUAAUGGUGAAGGCAUUAAUGAAGAUGGCACUCCAUCAACAGACAGCAGCCUUGCAGGCAGUGAUGAUGAAACAGAUACAUAACAUCUCUAAUAUUUUAUGAAAGCAUGCUUUUUAGGGUGAUGUUUGGAUUUCUCUUAUCCUGUGCUUCAGGGUGACUACAGACAGUGUUCAUGUGUUUAUAUGCAUAUUUGAUGUCAUCAGCUUGUGCUUUGAAAUUUUCAUUAAAAGCCGUAGUUAAUGAAGAUCUAAGAAAGUUCAUAUUAAUUGGCUAUUGUUCAAGCAAAAUAUCUCAAGUUGCCAAGAGCACAGCAGAACUGACCAGGCUUCUUAUGUCAUAUAUUUGCUUGUCCGUGUUUAAAUUAUAUAAAUGUGAAGUGUGUGUGAACUCCAGUGUUUGAACAAUUACAUAGAAUCUAAAAACAUUUUAGUAAUAUACAAAGAUAUUAAAAUCGAUUUUAAUGUUU